GAAAAUGUUUGUCAAAAUUGUCAAUUUACAUACGAUUCAUAAUUUUUGCUAUCACACAUGUUUGUUAUUUAGGUAUGACAUAACCUAAAAGUUUGAGCAAAACCUGAUUUUUUUUUGUGUUAAAAUUGUUAAAGUUGUCAUUCGAUUCACAACAAAAACAGUCGAUUUCUUUAUGUUUUUGUCAGAAGCAAUAGAAUACGCUCUAAUCGAAACAAAUUACAUGUGCUAUUUUAAAAGUGAUUUUCAUAUGUUAGUAUCGUGUGUAUCGCGACAUGUGCAACUCAACAUGUGCUAAAUUUGACAUGUCAUUAGACAAUACUUGCCGUGUAGUAGAGCCUUUAGUGAACACUGGAUAGGAGUGUUGCCCAAAAUAUAUUCAUUUACAGGUAGUUGCAGUUGCCCAACAACAAAAUCAAUGGUUAGUGCAACUCUGAUUUUAAGUAUGUUACUAGGUCGCGCCAUUUUUCGUUGUUUGUGUGUUACUUAACUAUAAUACACAGCCGCAACUCGUUGAUUGAUAGUGCCCUUUGAGAGAUAAAAAUGUAUUCAGCUGUUUACAGUUCGCUACCUGUUAAUCAAGGCGUAUUUAAAAAGGUGGUCUCACGCGAACAGCUGCUAACAGCCGGUCAGGUUUGCCAACACACACAAAAAAAGUUGUGUGCGUGAGUGCAUAUGUAUGCGUACAUGAGCAGAGAAUAUGCGAGAAAGAGAUAACAACAAAGAGAAUGCAAACAAAAAUCUGUCAAAUCGCGUGAGACCAUCUUUUUAAAUCCGCCUUGAGCGUCUAAUUAUUUCUCUCGUGUAAACAUCCCUUUGUUUAUUAUUGAAUAUGGAACGCUAUUAUGUGUUGUGGAACUUCGGUUUUGCAAUCAAUCAUUUGGCCAAAAUCAAAACAAACUCACACCAUUAGACCCAGUUCCACAUGAGAACAGACUGAGUUCACCAAGUGGUCAAGUCAUACAAAAACUCUGAAUUAAGCUGCAUAUCAAGCGUUCAGCAGCAGUCAUCGAAAACCUCGAUGAGGACGAAGGAGAUUCCUAUUCCAAAUUAGUAUCAAGUGGCCAGUAGUAUAUCUCUAAAUUAGAUAGCAGCUUCUAGAGGAUCAACCACAGUUUAACCGGGAUAUCCCUAUAUUCCAAGCUCGGAAAUAUAAUCAUUUAUCCCAUAGGAAGUAGGGUCACUAGACCAUUCUUAGAACUUUUCAGUGGAGAGAAUCUGAAGAAUUUAACCACCAUCGUAAGGAUUUCGUGAAAAAUUUAAACCAAAAGCAUGGAUACAGACCUAUGUGAACUUUUUUCAUUGCAAAGUAAAUUUGUAUGUUUGAACAAAUAUGAAGACGAGUUUAAAACACAGAAAAUACUCUAUGGAUUACCAAAAAAUUUGCAAUUGUGUGAAAAGCUCACCUUACAUUGGCUUAAAACUCAGGAAAAAAAUGAAGACAAUGAGUUCGCCAUGAAGGAUGACAGUGAUAGAAUAAAAGAAUCCAAUGAAUUGCGAAGCGAAGGCAACCGAUUGUACACUGCACAAAAGGAAAGAAAUAUUCUUGGUGCGUGUCGUCUUUACAAUGACGCAAUUUUUGCAGCGCUAGAUAGUAAAUCCGGCAACGAAAUAUCUUUGGGUUUUGCAAACCGAGCAAUGGCUUUACAAACAUUUGGAUAUUAUCAACAAGCUUAUGAUGAUUGCAUGUGUGCCUUAAAAACAGGAUAUCCCAAUGCUAUGCGUCACAAAAUAAUAACUCGACAAGCCUUUUGUUCAUUGCAACUAAAGGAUGCGAAGGCACUUGAAUCUCAUUUGAACGAGCUGGACCAAAUGACGCUAAACGAUAAUUUUCAAAAGCAACUUCUUGAACUUAAGGAAUCAUUGGCAAACAUUUGUGAGACAAAUAAAAAGUCCGAACUUGAGGAUGGCCAAGCAGGUAGCAGAGAAUCUCAAAUAAUUGUGGAAACUGGCACGGAAUUGGGACGUGUAAUGAAAGUUAAAAGCCUAAUACAAAGGAAUCAGCUCAUUUUUCACGAAAGGAUACCGUCAUUUGUUCCAGUAGGAGACGGCAGACGAUUGUGUCAUCAGUGUGCAAUCACUAGUUUCAUACCUUAUCCAUGUUUUAAGUGUCGCGGUCGUGUGAUUUAUUGUUCUCUAAGAUGUCAGGAAGUUCAUCGCAGCAUACAUGACUAUGAAUGCGCUGGGUAUCGUUUUCAACUAUUUGCUCGUGUUGGAAUUGCUCAUUUAGCUUUAAGAACCAUCCUCGACAAUGGAAUAUUUUCAAUUGUUGACCAUUUGAAGACCAAAACAAAUACUGAAGAAGUUUGGAAAUCUCUAACAGCUAAUGGAGAUAUUUACAAAGAUAAUAAAUUGCCCUAUGCAGAGUCGCUUCGUAUGAUUUCACACCUAAAUCAAAUGACCAUCAAGGACAUUCAAUGGUUUACUUUGGUCUCGCACCUCUUGGUUGUCUACCUUAAAUACUAUACCCAUUUCUUUAAGGAUUUGGAAAAACAUAAUAACUCCAUUGAAUGGGAACUACUUACGUCCUCAUUGAUUUUACGCCACAUUGGACAACUAAUAUCCAAUGGUCAUAUGUUAACUACGCUUUUACCAAAACCUCUAAAUUUUUCACUUACCGACUUUCAUUUGUUAAACGAUAGAGUGUGGACAAGUCCUUGGCAUUUAAAGGCAGGGUAUUUACACACAUUUGCCUACUACGACGAUUUGGCAUCCUUAAAUUUGCCUUAUCUAAGUAUUUGCAAUCAUUCCUGUGUCCAAUCGUUUCAGCCUAAAUUUUCGGGACGCUAUGUGAGUACAUUUGCUCUCAAGGACUUGCAUGAAGGCGACGAAAUUACCAACUGCUACGAUCUGGAUUAUCGAAAAGUAAAGCGAUCGUCUAGGCAACAACGUUUAAAGGCGACCUAUUAUUUUGACUGUGGGUGUGAAAACUGUAUACAGCCCAAAGAAGAUUUUGAUUUUAAUCAAUAUCAUCGAUAUCGUUGUGAUAAUAAAAACUGCGGCAAAAUAUUUGUACCAGAUUUACCGGAACGACCUUCCCUGAAUUGGUGGCAGAAAGCGGAAAUUGAUGUUACAUUAUUUUGCACAAAAUGUGGUUGUGAACAAAGGUUGGAGUGGUUCCACGAGCUGAAAAAUUUACUGGAGCAUAGAAUAACCCAGUGGGACGCCAGGCGACGUUUAUAUGAUAUAUUUAAAUCCCUAGGUGACAUUUUAUUGGGAUUCAACGAUGCUCGAGCUUAUAUAGCAUCAAAAUUAUGUUCUGAAUGGUUCAACUUGCAAUAUCAUGGAAUUUAUUUAACAGAUCAAGAUUAUGAUGAUAUUAUUGCAAUGACGAAUUAUUCCCUAGAAUAUACUAAAAGUCAAUCGUGUAUCAAUUCCAUUGAAUAUGUGGCUGAAAUGACAUAUUUGUGGGAUAUUGCAGCCAUAGGAAAGUACAAGUGGUGCUCUAAGGAAAGAGAUGAAAUGUUAUUUGCUUUGAACAUAAUAUCGGAUGAUUUAAAGCUUAUCUUCCUAAAUUACUAUAAUGACUAUAUUAAAAUUGACUGAAAAGGUUUGUGAUUUUUAUUGUAAAAUAAACAAAAACAUGGUUGGCACUGGCUAGUGCUUUGAUUAUUUCUACGCUCUGAAGAUGAAGAAUGCUCAUAAAAUAAAAAUUUUAAUCCAUAAGUGA